AUGUCAAAACAAAACAAAGAGACGAACAAGUACAUACCAAAGUUCAUAAUCUCUAAACCAUGGUACAAUGAAAAUGAGAGUGGAAACACUGAAACAACGCAAGAGAACACCGACUAUCUUUCACAUCAACGAAAAACAUCAGAGAUUAUUGACCAUAGUAUACCUCUAGUAGGUCAAGGAAUCAAAGAUGAACGGGAAAACGGGAUAAGAAAUGCCUCCAAUAAUGAGAAUUACGAUACGAAAAGGGAUCGAUGGUUUGGUUACUCUACUGAAGAAUGGCUCGAAAAAGUCAAGAACUGGAAUGAGAAAAAUGAUGUACAAGUCAACUCGACUAAUAAUGAGGGUGAAGAUUCAGACGAUACUGAUUACGAAUUAGAGUUGAAUGAAUUGGGAUUAGAUGGGAAAGACAUUAUGCAAAAUAUCAAAGAGGAUCCAAUGGAGAAGAUGUUGCGUGACCGCCAAGAUGUUCCCGCGUAUAUCCAUAAUAUCAAUUCACGAUCAGAUGCCAAAAUACGUAUUGAAUAUGAUCCCAAGUCUCGUUUGGCCAAAGACCCAACCAAGGGAAUAUUAAAUGAUAAAAACCAGUUUGUUAAGAAAUUGGAGGGUGAUGCGAAAGAUUUGAAGAAAUUGCAAACUUUUGCUUGGGAUUUGAACAAAAAGAAUGAACAACAAAGGCAGAUGGCUCAGGUUGCUAAUGCUGGUGUUGGUGAUGCCAAUGCCAAUGCCAAUGCUAAUGCUAAUGUGACGGAUGUGAAUGAUCCUCUUGAAGCUAAUCCAACCUUGAUGCUGAUAAAGGAACGAGAACAAAAGGAGGCUGCAAAACAAAAGUCAAUUGCCAAACGAAGGAAGCUUCUUGAUAUGUAUGGUGGGAGUUGA